UAAAACAAGCUAGCACGCUGUCGAGUGAGAGUGGCGACGUCCUGAGAAGGGAGACCUGGCUACAGGCACGGGCUGGUCUGCGGACGCGUUCGGCUUUCCAACCCCCGGAGGCAUUUUGGGCUCCCUUUUCUCUCCAUAUAUGUGUCCGCACUUUGUAUGAAAGCCGCGGUUCGUUCGUUUGUUGGGACCGGCGGGCGAGCCGUGUUAGCGUCCCCGUUAACGUCUCGUCAGCCCCUCAAGUCUGUGUGGACCGAGAAAUGGUAACGUAUGAAGCACGCUGGAAGGAACAUGGUUGGGCGGACCAGCAAAUUUUGGUUCGUCGUGGUCGGGUCGGUCCUCUUCAUGUUGAUUCUGUACCAGUACGUGGCGCCGGGUGUGAUGAACUUGGGCUCCCCUCACGCCGAGGACGAGGCGGAUAUCUAUCCGACCCCGGACCCGCACUACGUGAAGAAGUACUACUUCCCCAUCAGAGAUCUGGAGCGCACGGUGGAUUUCCAAAUCAAGGGCGACGACGUGAUCGUCUUCCUGCACAUCCAGAAGACCGGCGGCACCACCUUCGGGCGGCACCUGGUGCAAAACGUCCGGCUGGAGGUUCCCUGCGACUGCAGACCCGGCCAGAAGAAGUGUACUUGCUACCGGCCGAACCGCAAAGAGACGUGGCUCUUCUCUCGCUUCUCCACCGGCUGGAGCUGCGGUCUGCACGCCGACUGGACCGAGCUGACCAACUGCGUGCCGGGAGUCCUCAAUAAGAAAGAGAGCAAAAUGAAAAGCCAAAGGAAGUUCUAUUACAUCACCCUCCUGAGGGACCCAGUGUCUCGCUACCUCAGCGAGUGGCGGCAUGUCCAGCGUGGCGCCACGUGGAAGACCGCUCUGCACAUGUGCGAUGGCCGCACACCAACACCCGAGGAACUCCCGUCGUGCUAUGAGGGUGCAGACUGGUCAGGCUGCACGCUGCAGCAGUUCAUGGACUGCCCGUAUAACCUGGCCAACAACCGGCAGGUGCGCAUGCUGGCCGACCUGAGCCUGGUGGGUUGCUACAACAUGUCCACGCUGCCCGAGAAGAAGCGCGCUCAGAUCCUGCUGGAGUCAGCCAAGAAGAACCUGCGUGACAUGGCCUUCUUCGGCCUGACCGAGUUCCAGCGCAAGACGCAGUACCUGUUUGAGCGCACCUUCCGCUUGCGCUUCAUCCAGCCCUUCGUGCAGUACAACAGCACGCGGGCAGCCGGUGUGGACCUGGACAAUGACACUGUCCAGCGUAUAGAGGAGCUCAACGACCUGGACAUGCAGCUCUACGACUACGCCUGGGACCUCUUCCAGCAGAGGUACAUGUACCAGAGGCAGCUGGAGAGGCGCGAGCAGAGGCUGAAGGAGCGGGCCGCCUUGUUGCCCUUUCUGCGCUCACCCGGCUAUGCCCCAAACGACCCGCCUUGGUCCAGGGAUGAGGGAACGGCUGAGUCGGAAGCAGCUUCCCGGCUGCCCACGGAAGACUACAUGAACCACAUUAUUAACCGCUGGUAGCGGGGGGAGAUUCGGGAGACAAAGGUGCGACAGAUCACUGGAUAGGGCUGUGACUUGGGGAACAAACAGACGGAGCUUUGAUUGAUGCGGCAAGAGAAAGGAACCGAGGAAAGCAUAAUGAUUCGAUUAGUCGAUUAAUCGUAACAUAGAUUAAUCGACUUUAGAAAGAAUCGUUACUUGCAGCCCUAACACUGGAUCAGCACUGGACCAGGCCAAGAGAGAUUGACGCUGCUUCAUCACUCAAAAGUAUCCCUUCACUCUCUGCCUCCAUGGCCGGUGUUCCCACCCUUGUGGCUCUCGAGCUGCCGGACUGUGCUUAUCUUCCCAGGACGAUCUGAAGUUCAGCAGGGAGACAAGACAACACGUGAGCCUAAAGGAAAGACUGACUGAGCCCACCUCAGACUAAGGGGGAAGACCUUUGCGGGUUUAAGCGAAAGAUUAAAUGAAUUAUAUUCACUGCAAAUCUUAAUGGAACAAACAAAAAAGUGAAAUUGUAUAAUACGGUUGUUUGCCUAAAUGUCUGCUGCCAUUUAAGCCAUGAAUAUGAGACGAUGAUGCUCCAUGUCUUCGUUCGGAUGUUGUUUUCUUCUGUUUUCAUUUUCAGGGUUUUCGUUUUCAAGAGAUUUUUGUUUGCCCACUUCCUCAAAGAGGUCAUUUUUAUAGCACUGAGACCAACGAUGCUGCCUAAGGUUCUUGGGAUGCAACUUUAUCAGCUUCUCUUAUUCAUUGUUACGGGGGAAAAAAAGACUUGACAAGACCUGUUCCACUUUUUAUUUUCUUAUUGUGUCAGAUGACCUGAUGUGCGUGGACCAUAGCCAUUAUUUAAGCCUUCAGCAUACUGUAUGGGAGUGUACUGAUCUAUUCUCACUGAAUGUUAGAGGAGCUUUUUUUGGCCAAGGCUGGUUCACAUGGCCUCAAGUUGUUAGAGCCGCAGAUGUUAACUUGAGGCUGCUGUUUUAUGCCUGUAGGGAAGCUGUGGUGAUCCAAAGAGGAAUCUGUCUUAUUUCACUUCUGUGUUUGCUGGGCUGGUUCUGCAUGGUGGGGGAUAGUAUUGCUUCCAUGACAGCUCCUUUGUCUUAGGAUAUUGAGGGAAAGUUACAAAUGGUGUGUAUGAACAGUACUGUUCAAAAGUCAGAGGCCACCCGUCACUUAUUUACUUUCCAGUCAAAACAACCAUUAAGUACAAGUUACUUGCAUAUGGAAGGAAAAAGUCAAAGGAGAAUAAAUGAAAAAAUAGAAGUUCACAAACUAAAGUGCACAAAAAUUGGGACCCCAAACAACGACGCAAGACCUGGUAGACCACAAAUACAGUCACCAUCGGAUAAACGGUACUCUAUCUCUGACUUGACAGGAGAAUCAAGCACCGCUCCACAGAUGUUUUGUCCACCGUCAGAAGACGACUCGACGUUGUGGGUCUGAAAGGACGUGUAGCUGUCAAAAAAGCCCUUACUGAGAGGAGAAAAUACAAAAACACAACAUUUGCAUUUUAAACAAAGAGGCUGUUGGAGUGCUUAGCACAAUGGACUGACCACCUCAGAGUCCAGACCUCACUGAAUGUGAUUACUUGAGUCGUGAGAAGCAGAAAAUGCCACCAACCUCUAAGGCUUUGUUCACACAGCAGGUAAAUGUAGCCCAAGUCUUUUUCUCCGUAUGUGACACGGAUGUGAUGUGUUUGUCGGUGUGAACAGCAAAAAACAAUGAAUUUUCAGUUCUGAUUGUGGUACUGAAAUCCAAUCGGUAUGCGAUAUGAGGCAAUGUGACUCGGUCCGAACAGCCAGAUUGUAAUUUAUGGGACUUUUUUACGUCAGUCCAACUCAACAUUCAUCAUAAUUUCACGCUGCUGAGACUCAUAAACAUUUAGGCUGAUGUUUCUGUACAAAAAUUAGAAGAGACCCAUCUAAACCCUCCAUGUUCGAAGAGAGAUGGGCGAAGGUGGCCGUAGAACGAGUCUGCAGCAUCAAAGAAAAGUCUGAAAGUUUAAAGAACCAAAUAAGUAAACAAGCCCUUUUUACGGCGAGCUCGAACACGUUCUGGGUGAUGAGCCCAGCCGACAACCAUUGGAACUUCAUGAUGGCUUCUGUGAUGCUGGUGAAGAUGAAGCUGAGCCCUCCAGGAGCGACUGGCGUUCGUUGGCGGUCAUGAUUGUUUACCUCUGGACGAGGCUCAUGAAGCUCUGUUCUUUUGCACGUGAGGCUCAGUUUAGGAGCUGAUCUGUUCAGACUGAUUAGAUUUUAAAAGACGUGAACAGCCACAGAAAAGAAAAUAGAAUUGAUGAGAAAAUCAGAUUUGGGCCACUUUUAUCUGCUGUGUGAACGUAGCCUAAGACUAAACUUUGGUGGUGUUGAAGCUCUAAUGAAGGUAAAAAAAAUAUUUAGUUGUUGAGGUUUGUGUGUAAAUAUUCAUUACCUGCUGAAAAAUGAGUAACUUUUACAUAUUAGCCGUUUUGACCAGAGGUUAAAUGAAGGGUGGUCUCUACAUGGACUUUUUCAUAGUACUCUGUGUAUUUGUGAGCUCAUAAAGCCCAGAAUAGAGGGAAGAAACAGACACAGCCUUUCUAAAUGUCACCACUGCUCCCAGUUCCCCUUGACUACUCAGCUGUGUGUGUGUGUGUGUGUGUGUGUGUGUGUGUGUGUGUGUGCACAAAAGGGAAAGUGGCGAGACAAGUAUGGAUGUGUGUACAUAGUUUAUACAUUCUAUGGAGUGUGAAUGUACCUUGUAUGGUUGGGAUUUUGUUCAGGGGGUUUCCUCUAUCUGUGUGUGUGUCUCUUGCCGUGGUCUUCAGGGACUGAAGCUAAAGCCACAAAAUGGGUGCACAAUAGCCAAUACGUUAUUCGCUGAUAAAUGGGAAAUUUCAUUAUAAUUGGCCCAACGUUGGAACUACUAGCCAGUAACUACAACCGAUAACUUGCCACUUCAUGGUCAUGAAAUUUUAGCUGAUGAUUAAAUAACCGUCACUAACAUUUUGUCUUUGGUUCAUUAUGUGCAGCUAUUAAAAGCCUAAAGUCGCCGAAUUGGCCGAUUUAGCCGUUUUGCUUUGUAGGUGCUUCGUAGCUCCCAAAUGACGAGAGAAGCAGCUCAAGCUCAACUAUAGAGUCAUUACUCACCUUCUAAAUGUGCCAGAAGUCGGUUGUUUUUGUCAGACCAGUGAUGCGUCUGAAUAAAUGUGUUUUCUGAUUUCUGUUAUUUAUGUUCAUUUACCUCAACCCAAUGGCCGAAAAACGCACCACGUUCUGUCAGACCUACUCCUAAUGCUACAUUCACCUACUGUUGUAAGUCGCUGUGGAACCGCUUGUCUGCAGAAUCUCUAAAUCUACAUUAGCCUCAAGGCGCUUUCAGAUAAUAAUCGGCAAAACUGCUUUGCAUUCGCGAUGCCAUUGUUUGCCCAAUGGAGAGAGCGGUGUCGCUUCACCUUGACGUUGCGCUACCUCAAGCACGGCACACUUCUCAGACUUGGCGUGAGAAAAGUAUCGUCCACAUGCUGCUGAGAAAUCAGACAAGUCUAUUAAAAUAUAUUUAUUUCAAUAAAUAGAUUAUAAAGUGACACAAACUGAACAAACGCUUCAGCUUCUUGCUAUCGGUGCUCAUGAUGAUCCAUUUUUAUUCCGAUUUUUUUCCUUUGCGCACCUGAAGUAACCUUCUUUGUACGGAGCGCAACAGUAAUCUUCAGUUGCAGUUGCUACCAUCUUCUUACCAUAACCACCAGAUCCAGAGCCUUUUUUAACACUUUAUUUGGACGGUCCACUUUAGAAGUUACAUUCAACUAAAUAUCUACUAAACUGGCCAUCAUUUUCUUUUAACUAAACCUGCUCUAAUCCUAACCUUAACCUCAACCCAAAAACCUAAAGCCAACCCUCACCCUGGUCCUAACAGCACCACUGUUUACAAUCAACUGAGUUUCAGCAUAUAGUUUGACUGUUUGAACAUCGUUUGAUGAUCUAUAGGAGACUAUAGUCGUUUUGGACAAGUGCUCUUGAUGUAGCGCCACUCAGACCCUGCAGCAGUGUGCGUCCAGCCUGACGAUGAGUGCUUAUCAUCUGAAAGGGACCCUAUUACCCAUGUCUGAUCCGUCUAUGCUAUGGCUUUGUAAAUCGAAUCAACAGUCUGUAGAGUUUCAAUCUGUCUUAAGCUGCAGUUUAAGCUGAGUUUUACAAAAAGCAAUUCACUUGAGUGGGAAAGAUCGAGGGAACGCCAAAAAGGGAUUCACUUAGUGGUUUGUUUAGCUUCGCGCAGAAUUCAUGGGUGAACUUUAAAGCAAAUUUAUCGCAAUUUUAGGAACCUCGUAAGCAUGAGCCAAUAGAAAAACAUUAUGGGGGAAAAAAAACUAAAACGAAGAAAAUGAUUACCGUUUGUCUCUCACGGCUGCAAGAAAUCAAAAGUAAUGUUACCUGUUUGUAUGUUCCCUGCAAAAACCACAUCAGGGCACUUUUGCUCCACCCUCGAGAAGAAAAUAGCGAGGAAACAGUCCGUGUGACGGCGGCUUUACGCUUACUGCACUUCAUAUAAAGAUUACAGUGUGAACGUGUUAUAAAAUGUGAAGAAAGUGUCGCUUUUAUCGGGAUUAUCGGUUAUUGUUAUCAGAUAGAGGCCGUAUUGGUGCACCCAUAAAUGAUACCAACCAUCUCUAUUCACUCAAACCACAGUGUAUGGCUUUGCUCAGCAACCAGCUGAGCAUCUCUUCAAAACCAGGAAUGUGUGAAUGUGACGUUUGAAAACACGAGUGAACCCACUGGAAAUUGACCUUCCCCGUUCGGCCUGUCCUGAAGCUGCUGGAAGAGACGUUUGUGCUCCUCUUCGUAUCGCGCUCGGCUCUGGGACGUAACCAAGGACGACACUUUGAACUACUGUUUUAGUGACUGCAUAUUUAACCAAGCCUGAAAUAACGUUAUCUCGCAAAGGAAGCUUGUCAUAAAAUGUCACGUUAUCGAGGUUGUCCUUACUUUUGAAGUCGCUCUGUUGAUGUAAUGCUGUAUCCUUUUCUGAAAACAGUACAGAAACGUUCGGUGUCUGGGAACCAACGAUGGGCCGAGCUGAACUGGUGUUCACAGUGUUGGUGUCAAGGUGGCGCUGCUCAGUGGUUUGAGAGGAGUGCUGUACUGUUAAAUCCUCUGCCUUAUGUCGAAGCAACAGUUUGGCGAAAAAUCUGGUUGGCAGGGUUUUCCUCUUGCCAGAUGUGGUCAGCCAAGACGUGUUUGGUGUGUGAGGUUUUGUGCUGGAGCUGCGAGACUAAUGUACACAAAAAGCACUGCUAAUACUGUUUUUGGCUAUACAACGUACUUUUGUCCGUUUUUAGAAAUGACAGCAUGGCUGUCCUGGAGAAGGAGAGCUUGAACACUCAUCCUCGGUAAAACCCUUAAAAGCAAUCAUAUUUACAUAAUGUAUCAUAUAGAUAGAUAAGGUUUUAUUGUCAUUCGCAUACAUGAGGUGGAACGAAACAUGGUACUCACGGUCCCAGUUAACUCCCAAAGCAACAUAAACAAUAAAUAGAAGGUGCAAAUAACAGCAGCAUGGACCACAGCAGCAUGAGGUCGAGGUAGAAGGUGUACAUCUUAAUACUGGUGAUGUAUAAAGUGACGUUCUAGGUUUGAUGUAGUGGAGGCACUGGUUCAGUUCAGUAUGUACUUUGAUAUAUUUGCUUUUAUACACUUAUAAACGCCUUUUCAUGAUGGACGUCCCAAAGAUGUGGGACAAAUGGGGUAAAACGUUACGUCAGAUGAGUCGGACUUGAUUUUUGAGUUCAAGGCGUAAAUCUUAAAAUCUCUGAUCAGCAACUUUCACAGCCAGUUUAGCUGGUUUGCUGAAUACAGUCCAGUUCGUAUUCCAUCGCCAACACGGUGCUCAGUUCUGUCAUGUGAAAUAAUCUCAAAUCUUAAUAUUUACAAGCCAUUCAUAACUAAUAGGAAUCAGCUAAACCGAUAAGCUCGUCUCCAUGUCUAAGGCUGCGUUCACAUUACCCGGUUGAAGUGGUACACAUCCGAUUUUUUGCCCUAAUGUGACUCUGAUCUGAUGUUUUCAGGACAAAUCUGGUCUUUUCAAAUCCGACCCGAGUCGCUGUCAUAUGUGGUUCUAGAUUGGAUACGUAUCCGAUUCGUGGCCAUGCGACCUUAAUGUGACACUCAGAUCGGAACUCAUGUGCUUUUAUUUCCACUGCUCGUGCGCCUUCAUUCAGCGUUACUCUGGCAGCAGCGCCAGACUUUAAAGCCUGUAAACGGUGGAAAAGCAGCUCAUCUCACCUUUUUCUCCUUCGUCUGGCUCUAAUAAUGAAGCUCGUUCUGCUCGUUAGUUUGUGCUAAUUAUGCACGUGAUUCAUUCACGUGACGUUACUGAGUAGGAUGAGCUCAUGCGGGUCAUAGAUUUGAGUCACCACCUGAGUGAACCGUCGGGUCCGAGAGAUCGGGUUUGAGCAAAUAAGGUGAUGUUUAAUGCUGAAGACAUGCAGUUGGCUACAUUAGCCUCGUCGCUCUCGUGCAGAACUAAAGAAGCAAACUUCAGACACCAAACAUGGCUGAUUGCACCUGAGGUAAAGUGGAAAAUCUGGCAGUUGGAUUUUUCACUGAACUGUUGCUUUAAAGUCUGCAUUAGUGCUGCCCAUCUGGAUGGUUGCAAUAGUAUUUUUGAACCAGUCAUCAAAAGCGCUUGUGUGGCUCAUCAGUUCCAAACCUGAGACAGUUUAAUGGCACCAGACAGUCCCUGAACUUUCUGUUUCCAGGUUGUGUCCCAUCACAUUCCAGCUCCCCCACUCUGCCUGUUUCGGUUUUAUCCUUUAGCAUUGCAAAACUGGAUCAUCAAAGCCACCAAUAAAAGAUUUCAUUUUUAUAUACAAA